AUGUAUUUUAAAGGAGUUUUGUUGUUUUUGCUCGUAAUAUUCUAUAUUAAUAUAACACAAAUCGAUUCCAAAGUUGAGUUCACCAAUAUUAAAUGCAAUUCAAGGGAAAACAAAUUUUUGGAUUUCGAGUAUUGUUACAUCAAAUCUGUAAAUCGGAGUUAUAAAUACAUAUCCUUGAAGGCAAACUUGCAUGAAGUACCGAUUAAAAAUGCAUCGGCAAACCUACAGAUAUUAAAGAGGUUUCGGACCUAUAUGCCCAUAACCAUGAACAUCACCUUCGAUGUAUGCAAAUAUAUGGAGACUAAAAAGCAUUUUGGAAAUCCCAUGCUUAAGCUUUUUGAGAAAAUCUCGAAAAAUUACACCAACGUCAACCACAAAUGUCCUUAUGAUCACGAUCUGUAUAUAGACAAGCUUCCUACCCAAUUUCUUAAUCAGCAUUUCACCGAUGUUCUGCCACUUCCACCAGGGGACUACGCUUUUUAUAGCUCCUGGUACAGCAAAGGCAUCGAACGAGCUACUAUCAGGAUAUAUGCUACAUUAACAUAA